AUGCAGAUUGACAAGGAAUAAUCAAAAGAAAAAGUCCCUUUGGGAGAAAACAAUUAAAAUCCUCAUGCUUUACUCAAUGUUAUUUGUAAAAAACUAUAAAACAUUUGUACUCUAACUUGCCAAAUAACAUAUCCAAAGAUAUAAAAUAAGAAAAUCAAAAAGAAGUGUUUAAGCAUAAGGAAAUAGAAGGAUUAUAAGACAAAAAUAUCAAAAAUUGGUGUUAAACCUAAUUAGUGUUUUUGUCAGAUAUGUUCAGAUUUCAAACUUUUAGAAUAUCUCUCGCAAUUGAGUGCUGUUGAAAAUUUACAGAAUCAAUUAGAUUAGAUUAAGGAGAUGAUUUAUCUUUUUUAUUGA